AUGCGCUGUCUCUCUCGGGCAUCUCCAUCCAGGCCCUAUAGCCCGAGGGCUUCUUUCAGAACUCCUCCGACGAAGCCCAACACGCAAGCUACAAACAAACAGUAUAAAAGGAAAGGGCUUUUCAUCCUCCCCCGAACAGGAAAAGUUACCGUGCCCGAAUCACCUAUUCGACCCGUAUCAGAAUUAACUAUUCGACGCGUGGACGCGAGCCCCAAUAAGAGCGCCGUCUUCAACCAGCAUCUCAACUACUACCGCGACACGACUCCUCCAAACGCACAACAGCUCAAUUAUGCAAAGGACAUAUUCACAAGAGACGUCAAGCCAAGCUUUCUCCUUGCUACCCACAAAUUCCGCGAACUUCCUGAAUCAGAUGUCCCCGAAGUCGCGUUCCUCGGGCGCAGCAAUGUCGGGAAGAGCAGCUUGUUGAACGCUCUGUUCAACCGCCCAAAUGCGCAUCUGGCCAAUACAAGCAGCAAGCCGGGGCGGACCAGAUCGAUGAAUUUGUUUGGAAUUGGGCAAACAAGUUCAGGGGGCGUAGUUGUAAAGCAGGGGAAAGGGAAGGAGCACGCAAAGAUAAUCGGAAAAGGAGGACUGGUAGUUGUUGAUAUGCCUGGCUAUGGACAAGGCAGCAGGCAGGAAUGGGGCGAGGAGAUUAUCAAGUAUCUCUGCCAGCGUAAACAACUUCGCCGUGCUUUCCUCCUCGUCGAUGCCGAACACGGGCUCAAACCAGCCGACUGGCAGAUCCUCGAUAUCAUGCGCCAGAACUCUGUCCCGCAUCAAAUAAUACUCGCUAAAGCCGAUAAAAUUGUGAAGCCACCGAUAACCCUAACUGCCAGUGUUCUCAAACAGGGAGAGAACGCCCCCUUGAAAUAUAAAGGAAUUGCAGAGAUCCGCCAGCUUAGUGAGAAAAUACUGAAGGAGAUCAUACCUCAGGGAAUACAAGGUGUGUCGGCGCUCGGAGAAGUACUCGCGUGUAGCUCUGAAAAAGUCAUGUUUCGGAGGGAAAGAAUGGGCAUUGAUGGAAUCCGAUGGGCCUGUCUUCAGGCCACGGGACGUGAAGCCGACAAGAGGGGGCUGCUGACGAAUCUAGGCCUAACAGUGGCAGAUGGUGAGAAGGAUGCGCAAUCUACACCACGAAUUCGAAGAAUCAAUCUGGAGGAUGUGCCAGAAUCGACAUCAACAAGAACAGUAGUCAGAAUCACGAGAACUUAG